UUUUUCGCGAAAAGUGACACAACGUAAAUUCAUUCAUUCAUUCCACAUCGAAAUGUACAUUGUGUCUCAACUUUUGUAGAAACAAACCGAACCGUCAGAAAGUGCAAAGCAAGGAGAAAUUUGAAACCAGAAUUUGUCGUGUGGAAAAUUAUUUUAGCGAUCGAAAUAUUCACUCCGUGUGCGCGUGACAGGCAAAGUUUCCACCAUCAUGUCAGCUCACUACGGCAGCCCAAACUGAUACUGGAGAAUUAAUUUUCACGGAAAAUAUUUUCUGUUGAGUUCAAGGUGAGGCAGUUCCCUUUACAUUUCCGUGAGGAGACGACUGGUGCCAGAAAGUUACAUAAACCUUUUGUUUAGACGGCAAACGUUGGAUUGCCGUCGGAUUCAGCGAGAUCUAGCGGACGGUUCCAAGGUCAACAAUUUUGUUUGAAAGAGUAUAUAACUCUGGCCAAUUCCGAAAUCCUGUUGUUUCACCAGAUUGACAGCAAAAAUAACUGCACAAUGGUGUGACACAGGCACAUAAUGACGAAAUGACGAGUUCUUAUCAGUCAGCAAAAAGUUUACUAUUGACGCAUCUUUAGCUGUACGAAACGAAACCAACGAGCAGAAAUAUGAACAUGAAGGUGACGUUAUCCCAUGGCAUAGGCACGUAACAUAGAGAAUUGGAGCAAGUGCGGUGCAGAAAUAAAUUAAAUUUGACGGAAAUAAUCAGUUUGUGGUCUCGGGACUACGUGCACACCAGAGAGCAAUGGACAGUUCCAGCGGAGCUUUCAUCAAAACCAUCGAAUGGGACAUGAUGGACAAGAGGAAGUUCUUCCCCCUGUCGAUGUGUAGUUCGUUCUCCGUACGGUGUGCACUGUAUCCGCUGACUGUCAUCAAAACGCAGCUACAGGUGCAGUACAAAAACGACAUCUACAAAGGUAUGAUCGAUGCGGGAAUCAAAAUCUAUCGGAACGAAGGUGUUCCCGGACUGUACCGUGGAUUCUGGAUAUCCUCGGUUCAGAUUGUGUCCGGAGUGUUCUACAUCAGUACCUACGAGGGAGUACGGCACGUUCUGAGCCAGAACGGCGCAAGUGACCAAAUCAAAUCUCUGGUAGCGGGCGGAUGUGCCUCACUGGUCGGCCAGACUAUGAUCGUGCCAUUCGAUGUGAUAUCGCAGCAUGCGAUGGUUCUCGGUAUGGCAGCGGCAGCCGGCUCCAAAUCGGGUAGCGUGAAUACUCUCGGGAUAAAAUACGACAAGCGCAGCAGUCGGUUGCGGAUAACGGUCGACAUUGCCCGGGAAAUCACGCGCCGAGAUGGAUUCAAGGGUUUCUAUCGGGGGUACACGGCCAGUUUAAUGGCUUACGUUCCGAACUCAGCCAUGUGGUGGGCAUUCUACCACCUGUAUCAGGACGAAAUCUUAAAAAUUAGCCCACCGUGGAUAUCCCACUUACUAGUGCAGUGUGUGGCGGGCAGUUUAGGCGGUUUUACAACAACGAUCAUUACCAAUCCGCUGGACAUAGUGCGGGCGAGACUGCAGGUGCAACGACUGGACUCGAUGCAGAUUGCGUUCCGCGAACUUUGGCACGAGGAACAUUUCCACAUGUUCUUCAAGGGCCUCACCGCCCGGCUGGUACAAUCGGCCGCAUUCUCAUUUAGCAUUAUCUUAGGCUACGAAACGAUCAAACGCGUCUCGGUGAACGAACAAUACAAACAUCUAAUAAAAUGGUGAUUUGGAAAUAGCGAUGCGGCGGAAUUGGCGCUACCUGUGCAUCUGUACUGAACUGCGGAUGAGAGAAAACAUAAAACAAAACAAAGCCAAAAGACUUCUGAUGCUUGCCUGAUGGCGGAUCUUGUGCUGGAAGCAACAGUAACAAUGAUAAUAAUUGUGUUAGGCAUAUUUUCCCGUUGGCUAGAUGGUUAUAAAUUAGCUCUUAAACUGUGGUAGCGAAGUAAAGGACCGACGUAGGAUUGGCCCGAGCCGUUUGUUUCAGAAUGAGUGUAGAAAUUUUUUUGGUAGACAAAAGCUAAGAAGAAUCAUUAGAGUAGAAGAGGGUAGUAACCAAAAACUAGUCUACUAAGCGAAAACAAAGAAUGGGUUCGUCACUCGUAUAACAAUUAAGAAUGAAACAACAAUCAUUCAGUCGGAAAGAAUUAUCCGGCGCACACUCACCGCACAGUCAUUCAAAGUAGCAUGACGAAAUGUUAUACGUUUUUUUCCUCUCGCUUCUGUUACACCUGACUGUGGUUAACCAAUAACAAUGGCCAUCGUUGAUCGCACGAGGUGACUGCUGUUGCUGCUUUAAUUACUAUUAGUCUCAAUGUUACCGCCGUUGUUGUCUCUUGUGUUGAACUUAUUUUAAAAUGUAAUUUAUCUGCUUUGCAACCAAUCUUUCAGUUUUGCCAGCAGCAACGAAUUUUUAGUCAACAACCCGCUAAACGUAAUUAUUAUUGCUUUGUAAAAGCAGUUUUUGUUUAUCUAAGGGAAUAGUGUCUUCUCGGACUGUAACAUACAGAAAAACUUAUGGCAAAUAUAACAAGUAUCAAAUACUUAUAA